CAACAUUUAUUUGUGAUCAAAGUUUGAACUGGCUGCUGCUCAGUUCACAAGCGUUCCCGUGACUUUGGGUGCGCCCCAUUUGUCACCCGGCGAGGCAACCGGUGCGACCCUGGGUGGAGCCGCCAGUGGCAGCGAGGAAAAGUUGGGGGAAAGCGUCCAGCAUCAGGUCACGAGUUCUCAGGCGCUGUGGUGACGUAAGGACUGCGUCAUCGGCGGACCACCCAUCCGUGACGGUUUCAGGCGUUAGCAUCGACCACAGGCAACAGGAGAAGCUCCACGGCUCCUGAACAUCAUGGCUCUAAACAGGAACCAUUCUCAAAACGGCGGAGUUUUAAUCAACAACGGAGAAACUGUCUUAAGGCAGUGUAAGAAUGUGGAGCUGUCAUUCAGUGACGUCACCUGCAAGACGGACCUGCUGAAGGGGACCAAGAAAGGCACCAUUUACCUGACACCCUACAGGUUGGUGUUUGUGUCCAGUAACAACAAGGAUUGCUUAGGCUCAGCCAUGUUCCCCUAUUACCUGAUGAAGGGCUGCAGCAUUGAGCAGCCGGUGUUUGGAGCCAACUACAUAAAAGGCACCGUGUCACCUGAGGCAGAUGGUGGCUGGGAAGGUCAGGCUCAAUUCAAGAUGUCGUUUCCCAGUGGAGGAGCCAUUGAGGUGGGACAGCAUCUUUUCAAACUGGCCACAAAUGCAUCUCGUGCCGCUCCGGCCCAGAACGGUGCUCCUGCUUACGGUUACCCUUCACCUGGGAUGGUGAACGGGUACGGUCCACCUCCGUCUGCUCCCAACAGCUAUCCGUACGCACCCCCUCCCCAGCAGAAUGGAUUCUACCAGGGUCCUUCUCCUCCCACUGCUCCUGGCAACAUGGGCUACCCCUAUCCAGCAGCCGCCGCAGGAAUGUACCCAGCUGGAUUUGACUACAUGGCCCCACCCCCUCCUUACCCUGGGCCACCCCCGAACUGGACCCCACCACCCCAGAACUGGACGGCCCCCCCACCUCCUGCAGGUAACUCAAAGGCGGCCGAAGCAGCAGGCAGCGCGUAUUAUAAUCCCAGCAAUCCGCACAGUGUCUACAUGCCUGCGGAGCGGCCUCCUCCGUACGCACCGUAUCCCAACUCCCCUGAGAAGAAGACAGACUGAGACUCGGGCCAUCACCUCUGUGGCUCUCCUUGCUUCCCGUGUUUCCCAAACUAGAUUGCGAAGCGACUAAUGUUGAUGGAAAACUGCUCUGGUUGAAUAAAAAGUGAAGGGUAUUGGCACAGAGCUCAAAGACGUCAGCAAUGCUCUAACUUCCAAUCGUUGAGGAUGGAGCAUAAUUGUGUCUUUGAUGUGCUGUCGUUUAAAAAAAAAAACAACAAUAUUAACUCUAACGUACAUUCUCAGCACGGAAAAUGAUUAUUUUCUAUCUAAUUCUCUAACACCAAAACUGUCCCUGUUUUUAUAAAGUGUAAAAUAAGAGGUAGUAAAAACAUUUUCUGGUUAUGUAAUUGCAGUUAAAGGAGAAACUUUUCCACCAAAACACCGUAUUCACAGCAAAUAAUGUGUUUUGUUUUCUCCAUUUCCUUAUUUUUUUUUUUUUUUUUUUGCUUUUUCUGUGUGUGUAUUAAUACAUAAGCAAAUAUCUAACAACUUCAUCUAUCAGGAGUGUUUCUAUGUGCUCAUAUACAAUAGAUUUUAAAAAGCUUAGUUAAUUCUAAGCUCUUAUUCACAUAAUAUACAUAAUUUCUUUAAGAUGGUUUAAGUUAAAACUAGCAGUGCAAUGUUUGGGGUAAAGAGGAUUCAGAAAGCUUUCACAUGAUCCAUGUAUGUGCAAUCCCUGUUGUGAUCCUGUAUGCAGAGGUUCAGAGUGCUAUGGGGGCUGCAGGCUAUGCAUCUCCUUUAGUGUGCGACAGUUUGUUUGGAUUAUUUGCACACAGAUGUAGUAAGUAGACACUUUACCUGAGUUAACCAAAUGUCUGUAUUUUAAUACCUUUUGCAGUUCUUUUUCUUUCUGCUGAAUUUUGUUCCAAUUAAAAUCUGAUAAAUGAGUCAUUUAUUAAAGGUGAUAUUUUAAA